GGCGGAAGCGCUGGGGUCCCCGGCGCGCGCGGGGCCGGGCGGCCGGCCGGCGGGUCUGCACGCCAUGAACUACCCGGGCCGCGGGUCCCCGCGGAGGCCCGAGCAUAACGGCCGGGGCGGCGGCGGCGCCUGGGCGCGGGGCGCGGACGCGGAGCCGGCGUUCGGCGGCGGCGUCUGCUGCUUCGACCGCCUGCCCGGCGGGGACCCGGGCGACGGCGAGGUGCCGCUGGCCCUGCUGCGCGGGGACCCCGGCCUUGGCGACGACGACUACGACUUCAGCCCGGCCGAGUCGGGCUCCUCGCUGAGCUUCUACAGCGAGGGCGAGAGCGGCGGCCCCUCGUCGCUGCACCCGCCGCCGCUGGCGCCGUCGAGCCCGGGGGACGGCGGGGCGGCGGGCGGGGGGCCUGCGGAGAGGCGGCGGCCGCGGCCCGGCGGCGCGGCCGCCCGGCACCGCUACGAGGUGGUGACGGAGCUGGGCCCGGAGGAGGUGCGCUGGUUCUUCAGGGAGGACAAGAAGACCUGGAAGCCCUUCAUCGGCUACGACUCGCUCCGCAUCGAGCUCGCCUUCCGGACGCUGCUGCAGGCCACGGGCGGCCGGCCCCAGGCCGAGGAGCCGCGCGGCGCCCGCGCGUGCGGCCGGGCCUCCAGCCCCGGGGAGGACGGCGGCGAGGAGCGCGGCUGCGGCUUCUGCCCGCGCGCGGCGGGGCGCGAGCCCGCGCGGGAGGAGCUGGUCCACGUCGAGCGGGUGUGCGUGCGCGGCGGCCUCUACGAGGUGGAUGUGACCCAAGGAGAGUGCUACCCGGUGUACUGGAACCAGGCUGAUAAAAUACCAGUAAUGCGUGGACAGUGGUUUAUUGAUGGUACUUGGCAGCCUCUAGAAGAAGAAGAAAGUAAUUUAAUUGAGCAAGAACAUCUCAGCCGUUUUAGAGGUCAGCAGAUGCAGGAAAAUUUUGAUACUGAAGUGUCAAAAUCCAUAGAUGGAAAAGAUGGCAGUGGGAUCAGCUAUUCUGUUGUCUACCACCUCCCUCCCUUCUCCCUCCCUUCCCUGUUCAAAUGGAGAGGAUAUAAGGAGAGUACAGAUGCGGCAGGUCUUAAACGAAAGCGUUCCCAAGCCAUUCAUAGUUUCAAGUUGAGUCGAAACCAUGUGGACUGGCACAGUGUGGAUGAAGUAUAUCUUUAUAGUGAUGCAACAACAUCUAAAAUAGCAAGAACAGUUACCCAGAAACUGGGAUUUUCUAAAGCAUCAAGUAGUGGGACCAGACUUCAUAGAGGUUAUGUAGAAGAAGCCACAUUAGAAGACAAGCCAUCACAGACUACCCAUAUUGUAUUUGUUGUGCAUGGUAUUGGGCAGAAAAUGGACCAAGGAAGAAUUAUCAAAAAUACAGCCAUGAUGAGAGAAGCUGCAAGAAAAAUAGAAGAAAGACAUUUUUCCAACCAUGCAACACAUGUUGAAUUUCUGCCUGUUGAGUGGCGGUCAAAACUUACUCUUGAUGGAGACACUGUUGACUCCAUUACUCCUGACAAAGUCCGAGGUUUAAGGGAUAUGCUGAACAGCAGUGCGAUGGACAUCAUGUACUACACUAGCCCACUCUACAGAGAUGAACUAGUUAAAGGCCUUCAGCAAGAGCUGAAUCGAUUAUAUUCCCUUUUCUGUUCUCGGAAUCCAGACUUUGAAGAAAAAGGGGGUAAGGUCUCAAUAGUGUCCCAUUCCUUGGGAUGUGUGAUCACUUACGACAUAAUGACUGGCUGGAAUCCAGUUCGCCUCUAUGAACAGUUGCUGCAGAAGGAAGAAGAGUUGCCUGAUGAACGAUGGAUGAGCUACGAAGAGCGACAUCUCCUUGAUGAACUCUAUAUAACAAAACGACGGCUGAGAGAAAUAGAAGAACGGCUCUGUGGACUGAAGGCAUCAUCUGUGACACAAAUGCCUGCCUUAAAGUUUAAGGUUGAGAAUUUCUUCUGCAUGGGAUCCCCACUGGCAGUUUUUUUGGCCUUGCGUGGCAUCCGCCCAGGAAACGCUGGAAGUCAAGAUCAUAUUUUACCCAGAGAGAUUUGUAACCGGCUACUAAAUAUUUUUCAUCCAACAGAUCCAGUGGCUUAUAGAUUAGAACCGUUAAUACUGAAACACUACAGCAACAUUUCACCUGUCCAGAUCCACUGGUAUAAUACUUCCAAUCCUCUACCUUAUGAGCAUAUGAAGCCAAGCUUUCUCCACCCAGCAAAAGAACCUACCUCAGUUUCAGAGAAUGAAGGCGUGUCAACAGUACCAAGCCCUGUGACCUCACCAGUCUUGUCCCGCCGACACUAUGGGGAAUCUAUAACAAAUAUAGGCAAAGCAAGCAUAUUAGGGGCUGCCAGCAUUGGAAAGGGACUUGGAGGAAUGCUGUUCUCGAGAUUUGGACGCUCAUCUGCAUCACAGCCGUCUGAGACAUCCAAAGACUCGAUGGAAGAAGAGAAGAAGCCAGCUGCCUCACCUCCUAGUACCGCUGUGGCAACACAGACCCUUCCACAUAGCAGUUCUGGCUUUCUUGAUUCUGCAUAUUUCAGACUUCAAGAAUCGUUCUUUAAUCUCCCACAACUUCUUUUUCCGGAAAAUGUAAUGCAGAAUAAAGAUAAUGCCCUUGGUGUGGUAUCUGUCAGGAAUAGCAUUCAGAGUACUAUGAAAAUGAUCUGCCUAGAGUUCUUCUGCUCAUUGAAAGAUUGGAUCAAUUCUUCUAUGAGAUCAGCUUGAAUGUUACCAUUAUAGACUAUUUAUGAGUAUUCUCUUCCUGUAUUUUCUAAUCUUAAAUUGUAGUGAUCAUGAAACCCGAGUAUUGAUGAGCCACUUAAUGUGCUAGAAUACAUGAUGCUCCUGUACAUUCUUACCUUUGAGAGAGGGGAGAAGAGCAUGAGGCUGCUUUCUUUCUUCUCUGUUGUCCUAAAGGCUUCAAAGAGAUUCACUCUUCUUUUGAUGUAAUACACUUAGAUGCAAAAGGGUUUCACAGCAUAAAGAAUUUAAUCAUUCCUAGUUAUUUCAGGUAUCAGUACCAUUACCACUUAGGGCCGUAGGAAUGCUGUAGCCGAUAUCUGGUUUCAACACAAAUAUUUAAUGUUUUUUAGAGGGGUAGAUUUGCUUAAAAAAAUUAGUGUUAUUGAAUGCAAGAGAUAUUUUCAAUCUCCUAAUUUUCAGCAGAUUCUAAAUGUAUCACUGAGGAUUAAUCCAGCAGUUUAAAAAAAAUUUUUUUUUUUAAUAUUGGGUUUGAUCUUUAACAAAAAAUGUUACAGGUUUUUAUUUGGAUUUUUAACCACAUAUAAUUUUAUAAUUUCUGUAUUUAAUUGCUAAUUUUCACUAAUUUUCUUUUCUAUUUUUAAAAGAAACUCUUGCUUGAUACAAGUUCAAAAUAAUGUUUUCAUAUAACAAGCUGAUUUGGGGUUUUUUGCUCCAUAGCAACAGUUUGUGUUGAUCUAACUCAGUGAAUUCCCCUUAAGAAAUGAUCUUACAUGACUGUUCUCUCAGGUCCCUGCUCAUGUCAUAGUCACUUCCAUAAAGAAAUCAUUGGA